AGUUUUAAAAUCCCCCCCUUCCCUUCCAUUCGCAGCCACGCACCCCACGUCCGCUUUGCUUCAAAGUAAUCUCUCUCUCUCUUGAAAACGAUUUCAAAACCCUGACAAAGAAAGAAAUCUACCAUGGAUAAUUCAGCACCACUCUCCGUCACAUCACCUGCCUUUCCAACUCUCCACAAGGGCGUGUCGCACUCAUAUAUGAAUGCGCUCCUCUGCCUACCGGCUUCCUCGACAAUCUCCCAGAAACUUCUCUUCUUUUGCAGAUAGCCCAUGGCCAUGGGUUCUCUCUCCUCACUCUGGCUGCGGCCACUCCUCGUUCUCCGCGCUAUCUCUCUUUUGAAGUGGGCUUUUGCGACGAAGGUCUCACACAAUUACAUAUCUGCAAUUGGAGACCCUGGUAUGAAGAACCCAAAUGUGAGAAUUGCAUUUGAAGCUUGGAACUUCUGCAAUGAAGUUGGACAGGAAGCACACAACAUGGGGAGUCCCAGGUUGGCUGAUUGCGCUGAUCUCUACUGCCCUUUGAUAAGAGAUCCAUUUGGUAGUUUCAUAAGAGACAAUGGGAGCAUAUGCCAAGUACAUCACAAAGUUGAGAAAUCAGACAACAAGUUAGGUGCCGGUGACAAGUUUCCUGUUACAGGCUUUGAACCUUAUAGAGACCCUGACCUUUAUGCAAUGGAAAAGGAGCGGUAUCUUGCUUCACUAUGCGAGGUGUUUAAUUUCACUGACCCGUGGUAUUUUUGGAUGAUUAUGCUCAAGAAUGGAAACUUUGAUAAAAACACUACACUUUGUCCUGAAAAUGGCAGGAAAGUAAGUAAAAUAGUGACAGACAGACAGUUUCCAUGUUUUGGUGAAGGAUGCAUGAAUCAGCCGCUUGUGUACCACAAUUGUUCGAGAGUGGUUUCUUUUGGGGAUCAAAUAGCAUCGCUAACUGGAGGAUUUUAUGGGACAUAUGAUCUUGAUGCCGAUUUGAGCAAAGGCAUAAGGGAUAACUCAUUCUUCUCAGUCUCAUGGCAGAAGGAUUUAAACACAAGCAGUUGGAUUUUCUCACAAAGAUUGACGACAUCAGUGAAGUAUCCUUGGCUUAUGCUGUAUUUACGUGCUGAUGCUGUGAAAGGAUUUAAUGGUGGUUAUCAUUAUGAUGGUCGUGGCAUCAUGAAAAAGUUGCCAGUCUCUCCUAAUUUUAAGGUAAAAUUGACGCUUGAUAUUAAAAGUGGAGGAGGGCCCAAUAGCCAAUUUUAUCUCCUUGAUAUAGGGAGCUGCUGGAAGAACAAUGGAUGUCCAUGUGAUGGUGAUGUUCUGACAGAUACUACUAGAUACAGCGAGAUGAUUAUAAAUCCGGAAACUACAAGCUGGUGCCGCCUAGAUAACCUUAGAUCUUGCCCUCCUUACCAUGUUAGUAUUAUGGGCGAAAUAAUAUAUAGAAAUGAUACAUCGCGUUUUCCAUAUUCUGCUUAUCAUCUCUACUGCAGUCCAGGUAAUGCCAAUUACUUGGAGAAGCCAUUUGAUAUUUGUGACCCAUACAGCAAUCCGCAAUCACAGGAACUUGUGCAAAUUCUCCCACAUCCUGAGUGGGCGGUGCAUGGUUAUCCUUCAGAAAAAGGGGAUGGAUGGGUUGGGGAUUCUAGAACUUGGGAUCUUGAUGUUGGGGGGCUCUCUGAUCGAUUAUACUUUUACCAGGAUCCAGGAACAAAACCGGCAAAGCGGAUAUGGUCUUCUAUUGAUGUUGGUACAGAAAUAUAUGUUAGCCACGCAGGGGUGACUGCUGAAUGGUCUGUGAGUGACUUUGACAUACUGAUUCCUGAAGAUGUUAGUGAUGGUGGUCGCUGUGCAUAAUUUGUGGCCAUUGUGUUACCUCUCCCCAAGGGAAGCAUAAACAAAUCUACAAAGAAAUGUACAUAUCUCUAACUCUCUCUCGGCCUGGAAAGUUUGUAGAUAAAUCUAGGAAAUAAAUUUUUGAUUAUCAUGGAUGCAUUUUUGUUCCGCUUCUGCUUGUAAAAGAGGGUGACUACUUUAUGGUUAUGCUAUCAUAUGUUUAGUUCCACCUAGGAACGCAUGCUUUAUAAAUCAGAAGGAAAUUAUUUUGCGGCCAGUUGUAAUAAAUUCAAGAAAUGCUGGAUAAUGUCAAAGCGUGGUUGCAUCCAGGUGGACACAUUGCAAACAUUACAACUAGAUUAUCCUGGUGCUGUUCUUAGAAGCCGUCAGCAUGUUUUCUCAUUUCAUUAUUUUGUUUUUUAGAGAAAUGUUGUUGUCUGAGUCUACCAAUUCUGAUAUUAUCUUAUGUCUAGACCUUUUAAA